GCGCGCGCACGGCGCCUCUCGCACUCCGGCGCUGUAGCGGCCUCUUCCUUCUGCGUCCGGGGCUGGACGGUGCGCGGGGGCCGCGGCCGGAGCUGGGAGCCAGCGUCGGCCUCGCCGCCGGCCUCGCCGCCUGACCGUCUGCCUGGGACUUGUCUCUGCGCCGGGCGGAGGCGGCGGGCUGGACAGGGAGCGGCGCCAGCGUGAGGAUCCCGGCCGAUGGGAAGCCCCUGGGCGCGCUGAGGGGCCGGACGACGAGCGGCUGAGAAAAUGAUGCAUCCUGUUGCCAGCAGUAAUCCAGCUUUCUGUGGGCCUGGCAAGCCUUCCUGCCUCAACGAAGAUGCCAUGAGAGCUGCUGAUCAGUUUGAUAUCUAUUCCUCCCAGCAAAGCAAAUACAGCCACACAGUCAGCCACAAACCAAUGGUUUGUCAGAGGCAAGACCCAUUAAAUGAAACACACUUGCAGACUACUAGUGGCAGAAGCAUAGAGAUAAAAGAUGAACUUAAGAAAAAGAAAAAUCUCAACCGAUCUGGUAAGCGUGGCCGGCCUUCAGGAACCACCAAAUCAGCAGGAUACCGGACCAGCACAGGCCGACCCCUGGGAACCACCAAAGCGGCUGGAUUUAAGACAAGUCCAGGCAGACCUUUGGGCACUACUAAAGCUGCAGGAUACAAAGUCAGCCCAGGGAGACCUCCAGGUAGCAUUAAAGCUCUAUCCCGUCUUGCCGAUCUUGGUUAUGGCUGUGGCACUGCUGCUUUUCCUUAUCCCAUGAUGCACGGCAGAGCAGUUCACGGGGUGGAGGAAACCGGCAGUGAAGUCAAGCCACCCAGUGAGUGAGUGGGGCAGGAAAGAAGGCCAGAUUUGGAAGGAAGAUUGUGAAUAAUCCCAAAGCUUCUUGGUUUUAUUUUGACAUACGUAACUUUAUGGCCUGGGCUUUCCAAAUUUGUUUUCCUGUUUGAUUUUCUUUCCUGCUUUUGCUCAGAAGCUGCCAUAUGCUGACAGAUGCACUCAGGGCAUGAGCAGUGGCAUUACAUUUGUACAUAGGUUCAAGUGUAACACCUAAUGAAGUUAUUUUUGCUUUUCCUUUAGAAUUAUGAUCAUGUCUCAUAUUUCAUUACUACUUUUGGGCCAUUCUAUUAAAUAAAUAGAUGCUUUAUGUGCUAAGCAACCGAAACCAUUAUACCUAUUAGUUUGUGAAGUAAAUCUACAAUAUGAUAAAGAUAGCAUCUAAGGUAUUUUUAACUGAUAGGACAAAAAAAACUAAUGAUUCAGGAUUACUUGAGGUAAUGGCUGUGUGAGUUGCAACAUUCAGAGAUAGGACACAGAUAUUUGUAUGCUUUUGCAUUUGCAUAGACUUCAGGUGAUAAGAAACCUAUUUUUAAUGUUCUAGGUUUAAGCAGCUUAUUUAUUGAUCUAUAUGGCAUUAAUUGAUUUAACCAUUAUUCCUAAAAUAAUUCUUUAGUGUUUGUCUUUGAGCAGUGAUAGGUUGUGUAUUUUUUUAAUUGCCUAAAAGCAUAUAUACCAAACACUACAAACAAUUCAUAUUUACAAAAAAUUUAAACUAUUUUCUAAAAGCUGCACAUUACAUUUUUGGCGAAAUACAGUGCAUUUUGAGAAUAGUAUAUUUCAUAUAGAAAACUAAACAUUCUCAAGGUCUGCAUGUAGCUAUCGUCACUAUAUUUUCCCUUUCAUGUAAUUAAUGAGUUUUAAAAUUAUGUUUUAAAACAUUUGUUAACGUUGCUCAUUUAUUUGAAAUGUUUUUAGUUUUUCUGAGAAAUUGUUCCAUUGCAUUAGCACUUACUGUGUUUUCAGGUUUAUAUCUACCAAAGGACACAGAUUUAAUGGUAGACUGUAAAACUGGUAUAAACAGAGUGCAGUUUCCUGACCAUCAGAACCCAAAUAUUAAGAAAUAUAUAGGAAUCCAUCUAUGCAUGAAACAUGUAAAAAAAUAUAUUGGUUAGUUUAAUUAAAAUCUUAUUAUGGCUCUAGUGAGACCACUUCAUCCAAAAGAAAAUUUUUUUCCCCUAAUAAUGUUAGCUUUAAAAGCAAGGUAGAAAAGGAAAAAAAAAAAAAAGUAUUGGGUAGCUAUGUAUAAUAUGGACAGAGGGAAAUCUCUCUUCUUUCCUUUCUGAAAGUAAUAUUCCUUGUUAAUAUACAUUUUAUUUAUUCUGUUUGUUUUAAACGAAGUACUAUAAAUAAACUUCAGACUUGAAAAAAUUCCACUGAACUUUAAAUUAAAGUUACAAUGUUUGUACUUGCGGAUUUUAAAUGCCUUUGAGAUUAAAAUGUAGAUUUGCAGGACCCAAAAACUUUUAAAAUAAUUAAAAUUUUAAAAGGGCACAUAUUGUGUUGUUUGGGCUUGCUCUCAGUUAAUGCAAACUCUGAUUGCAAAUGGAUGUCAUGUUUCGUACCUUUUUUAUCAGGAAAAAAGCAGCAAGCCUUCAGGUGUUCCAGUGAUGCCUGACACAAUGAGCUGGACUUUGUGCUGCUCUUUACAGUAAGAGGUGUUGCAUUGUGUGUGGGGACUAUGUGUGCACUGGCGUCUAAGACAGUGACCUCAACAAUACUAGCUUUGCACAGACUGUAGAGAAAGAUGUUGGAUGACUACAUAAAAUCAGAUGUAAUAAUUCUGGCAGCUAAAUUGCUACAAGAGCUUCUUCUUACAGAAGCUUAAAAUAUAAAACUUUUAAUAAUUUACUCAGAACAGUAUAACUUCUGACACACACAAAUGCUUGCAUCUUUAUUCAUGUGUUCAUUAUUUACUUUUCUUAUGUAUCUGUCAUUUAGCUGUUUCUCAAGAUGAUGUUCAGCAGUUGGCUUCUUAGAAAUCCUUUUUCAAGCCAGUUCCUAAAGAAAGUUGUUUAAUAAAAUGUUUUACCGUAGAAUAAUAUACAGCAUUGUCAAGGAUUUGGUUGCAUGUUGUGUUUUAUAUUAAGUCCAUUUGACAUUGCCUUUUCAGUUUAUUUUCAUUCCCGAUUUUGUUAUAUAUACCCUCGUCUUUCUCCCCUGCCCUUUCAUACAUUAAUUCCCCUUCCCCCACCCUCCAGCACAUCUACUCAGUGGUGCUGUGCUGUGUGUCAGAAGAUAAAACAGGUGUAUUAUUGUAUAAUGAAUUUUGUAUACAUGUUUAUGAAAUGGUGAAAUCAUCUAAAGGAGGCACGUUCAUCACAGUGUUUAUUAUCAGGAGCUAUGUCCCAGGAAAAAAGGGGGUGAAAGGGUACCGUUGUGAAUGGAUAACAUCAUUUAGAAAGCUGAAUUUACUGCUCAUGUAAGCAGUUACCUGGAAUUUUAGAUCUGUACACUGGUGAGCAUCUCCUGAUUCCACUUACUUUUCUCCUUGUGAACAGUUUACUGGUGCCAUGCUGAAGAGAAAGACAUCUAAGUAAUUACAUGAAUGAAGUCUUAAAAUAAUGAAAUAUUUUUACUUCUAUAUAAUCUAAAGACUAUUGUGCAUCUUUUGUAACACUGUCUCUUGUCAUGAUAAACACUGAAAUAGCAUGUUAAACAGUUGCCUAUACUUUAAUCAGUUGGGGAAAACUGGCCUUUUCCCCCCACUGUAUGAUUGUUCCUUGAAGGUAAAUUGCUAAUUUUAUACUAUGUAAUUCUGUUCUUCACAAAAUAGGUUUCACUAUUCUAUAUUAAAACUGUUGGUCAGAAAAUGAUCUGCUAUUCAAGUAAGUUUGCUUUACUUUUUUUUCCUUAAAAAAUAUUUUAACAUGCCUUAUUUAUUAUUGUGAUCAUGUUAACAAAUAAGAAGCUAAUAUACAGAUGAAAUUUUCAUUUUUUGACACAUAUAACCUUGCAUAACUAAUCUUUAGUAUGGGAUGAUUUUGAUACUAUCUUUGGAGUUUUGCACUGGAUAUUAAAAAAAUAUACUGGCACAAUGUAUUGGAAGAAAAUAAGUAGUAUCUGGUUUAAUUUUUAAUACUUGGGGACAUUUUUUAAAUCAGUGUUUAAAUUAGACUAAAAAUUCUUUAUAUUUUUAAUUUACUUUUUAAAUGAGCCAUCUGUCAAAGUAACAUUCAUUCCAAAUUGAUGUUCGUGUGAAUUUACAUGUAUAUUUUCAUGAAAUGAGAAUGGAGUUUCUUUGAGUUAAGGAGGAAAAAAAAAAUUUGGAUCCAUUUAUUGGGUUAAGGGUGAUCCAUUCAGCGUAAGAAUAAAGCAGUGUAUGAGCUAAAGAAAAAAAAAUUAAACUUCUCCUAUAUAUUCUAAGAAGCUUUAAAAGAACAAUUCAGGGGAUAUUGAUGAUAACUGCUACUCUGUCAGUCAUUGUCUCUAUAUGCCGUAAAAUUUUAUGAUCUCUUUAUAAUAAAAAUAUAACAAAUUACAACAGUUCAAAACAUUUUUUCCCUUGGACAUAAAAAAUUUUGAGGCUAUUCUGCUUUUGUUUUUAUUAUAGCUUAACUAUAUGCUAUUAAACUCUAGGAUGUAUCUAAAUCUUUCCUUUGCUUUUUCUCCCUCCUCUCCCCAAGUAGAUAAGUCUCUGCUCUCACAUAUAAUGUAUUUAAUUUUUGGAAAUUUAAUGCUGUAGUUAAUCAAGUGUGUGAUUUAAAGUAAUCAGACCAUUUUGAUUCUUUGAGUUUUCACAAUUUCCUUUUUUCACAGAUAAUUUUGGAGAAAAUAAUUACCAAUUAACUGAUAAUAAGCACGCUGUCCUCUGCUGUAAAAAGUCUGAAUAGAUACUGUAUUUGUUUUUAUGUUCAUGAACUUGAGCUACUCGUGUGCAAUUAUGUGUAUGGGAAUGGAGUAGUGUUCAUGAUUUGUAUCUACAUCAUCAUAUGGAUGUAUAUUUAUUAAUAAAGUCAUUACUUUAAAAUCAA